UGUUUGUUUGGACACUAAGAAGAUGGCGGCGGCCCCGCUGUACUGUGUCUGCCGGCAGUCUUACGAUGUUAGCCGGUUUAUGAUUGAAUGCGACAUUUGUAAUGACUGGUUUCAUGGCAGCUGUGUCCAAGUGGAAGAGCACCAUGCCGUGGACAUCGAUGUUUACCACUGUCCCAACUGUGAUGUCCAACACGGACCCUCCUUGAUGAAAAAACGUAACAACUGGCACCGGCAUGACUACACAGAGCCUGACGAUGGCAGCAGGCCGGUGCAAGCAGGGACCUCUGUGUUUGUACGAGAGCUGCAGAACAGGACCUUUCCCAGUGCGGAUGAAAUCAUGGUACAGAUGCAGGGCCAUCAGGUAACACAGAAGUACCUGGAGAAGCAGGGCUUCCGCUACCCCAUCACUGUUCCCAAACUGGAUGGACUUGGUCUCAAGCUGCCCCUCUCCAGCUUCUCUGUAAGGGAUGUGGAGGAGUACGUUGGUGGUGACAAAAUUGUGGAUGUCAUUGAUGUUGCCAGGCAGGCAGACAGCAAAAUGAAGCUUCGAGAGUUCGUCAAGUAUUACUACAAAUCUUAUCGGCCAAAGGUGCUGAACGUGAUCAGUCUGGAGUUUUCAGACACCAAGAUGGCAGAGCUGGUGGUGGUGCCUGAUAUCGCUCAGAAGAUGUCCUGGGUUGAGAACUACUGGCCAGAUGACUCCUUCUUCCCCAAGCCUUUUGUCCAGAAGUACUGCCUGAUGGGGGUGAAGGACAGCUACACAGACUUCCACAUAGACUUCGGAGGCACAUCCGUGUGGUACCACGUACUCUGGGGAGAGAAGAUCUUCUACUUGAUCAAGCCGACCCAGGCUAAUCUUGCACUAUACGAGGCGUGGAGUUCCUCCCCCAACCAGAGCGAGGUGUUCUUCGGCGACAAGGUGGACAAGUGCUACAAGUGUGUGGUGCCGGAGGGAACCACUGUCCUCAUCCCGACAGGAUGGAUCCAUGCUGUUCUCACCUCUCAGGACUGCAUGGCGUUCGGAGGGAACUUCCUCCACAAUCUCAACAUAGGCAUGCAGCUCAGGUGUUAUGAGAUGGAGCGGCGGUUGAAGACUCCUGACCUAUUCAAAUUCCCUUACUUUGAGGCCAUCUGCUGGUAUGUGGCAAAGAAUCUACUGGAGACUCUAAAGGAGUUACGAGAGGAUAACUGCCAGCCCCCAGCCUACCUGACAGAAGGAGUGAAAGCCUUGAUUACUGCACUGAAGAACUGGCUGAAGCGAGAGGUCACAGAGCCGGCCAGCGAGGUCCCGGACCAUAUCAGACCCAACCGUCUAAUUAAAGAACUCUCAAAGGAAAUCCGCUACCUGGAGGAGGAGCAGCAGAGUGGUGCUGGAGGUAGCAAGCCAAUGAAAUCUCAGGGAAGUGGAGGAUGCCUGCUGACGCGGUCGACUCUGGACCGGGCUAGCCAUCAUGCUCGCAGGACUGCCAGACGGCUACGGCACCACCACCAUCAUCACCACGCGCCCAAGACGCCCUCCAACCUGGAGAUCCUGGAGCUGCACACGCGACAGGUGCUCAAGAGGCUGGAAGUGGGACCCUUUGAGGAGGAUGCCCCGUUCAGCUCCACGGUGACGGCCAAGUUCAACAAGGCAUCUGUGGCAUCUGCUGCAGCUGUGGAGCGGAGCCUGGACAACAACCUACGUCUGGUGAUGUGCCACGGGCGGAUUAUCAGAGAUGAGCGUUGUCACACCAAGGUGAAGAAUAGUCCGGUGUGGGAAUGUGAGAGGACUGGUGGCCACCAGUUGGGAGGGGUCCUGGUGAAAACAGAAAUCAAUGACACCAUGCAGGAACAGCACAGAGACCCAGAGAGAGGGGAGAUACCGAGCUCUCUCAGCAAGUUUUUCGAAAGAGUGAAUUCCGAUCUGAGGAAAGGAACCGCGGUGUACUCCGACAUCUCAGACUCUGAGUCCGAAGAGCGUUGCUCUACACAGAAAAGGGACUCUGGGAAGGAUUCAGGGAGCUCAGAUGAGGAGGAUAAGGAGCUGUGCAGGACGGAGCGAGGCACAGGCAGUGUGACGGACCUGCAGCAGGCCAGCCAGGCCCUCAGCCACCAACACAAACCACUCAAAGGAGAACAUCCUACCUCGCCAACCACAGAAGAGGAGGCUGUUGAGGGCAUGCUGUCCAUGGCAGGGCUGCUGUACCCUCAGCGACCAGAGGAGAGUAGCACUGCCCAGGAGCCCUGGUGGUCCAGCCCAGCCCAUCGCUCCCCUGACUGUGGUGAAAGAGAGCCUGCGUCAGGGGAGGAGAGCCAGGAUUCAGACAGCAACUCCACACUGAGCCUUCAGGAUGAGCGGAGGGCCCAGCAGCAUAUGCGUAAGGAGUGUCGAGCUGAACUCAGCCAGAGGAUCCAGGAGAACAAGAACUUCAUGGACAGUCAGAGCAGUGGGAGUAACAGCAGCGAGGCCUGGGGGGACCAGAGCCCCUCUCGGGCUGCCUCUAGCCCCCUCUGCCUGGACCCCAGCCCAGGGACUGACUAUCAGUACUGUGAGACCACUCUGUCACCCCCCCUGCACCCCUCCAAGAGUCCCCCAAACACCCCACCCAUCAGUAAUCAAGCGACUAAAGGAAAACGUCCUAAGAAAGGUAUGGCCACCACCAAGCAGAGACUGGGGAAGAUUCUCAAGCUGAGCAGGAACAACCACUUUUUGCUAUAGCACUCAAGACCAUUAUGUCCCCAGUAAAAACUUUAAGGAACAACUCAACCCCUGCCCAUAUACUGAGGAUGCGUCUCUUUCAGCUUCAACUCUCACAUUCUAUCAAAAAUCAUCGCUUGGAUGGACUGCCCUGAAUCACUGACUCCACAUGCUAGAUGACAAAGACACGAGCGAGCGCACCGUUUGCCAUGGUGAAGUGAUGGUUCCGCUGUAAAAACAACUGCAUGGAUUCUCAGCAGUGACAUUGGAUUGUAUAUGUUCUAGUCAUCAAAAGAGAGAGACAGUACAUUUGGCUUUGUUUCAGAGUUGAAGCACCGCAACAACACAGGAUUGUCCAAAGAUGCAUGGCAGUGGGAAUUUAAAUGACGUCUUUUGAUACAACAACUUUGCAUCUGAGCCACACGCUUUUGUAUCUGUUUUGGCUGGUGCUUUACCCAAGGCUUGCACUAGCCCUUCCAACCAACACUACUUGUUAUGCCACGACAAGCAAAACAUGUUGUGCUUAAGUCGAGAAUGGCAAGUGAAGAUGCUGCUUUCUGCUACCUGGUUUUCAUCACCUCUUUGGGAGAUUGUCUUGUGUUAGUCUGACUGAAGAGCAAGAAUGGUGCUAUGGUGUUGGAACAAAUUUGAAAUGGUGCUAUAGUGUAUAUUCAUGCUAUCCUUUUUGCCUAGCCUCCUGUCACGAUCACAACAGUGAUUGCAUUUGAGAGAGGGGGGAGAUAUUUUGAUGCAGCACUCUAGUCACCUUGCCUUAUCAGCCUCCCAGUAUGUAAAAAGCUAUCUAUGAAUCAUAAUGCAUUAAGCCAUUCCAAAAAAUACCUCUCCCACCACAUUAAGAGUACUGCUUCUGUUUACUAAAAGAGUUAUGAGCCUUAUUGCUCUAUAGUUGAUCACUCUAUAGUUGAACAUAUCAAAUGUGUUCCUUUGGUGCCAUCUAUUGGUCAAAUUAGGGCAGGAGCUUGAGAGUGCUGUUAUUAUUAAAGGUUUCUGAAAUUGCAAAAAGCUUUUAUAUAAAGUAAAAAAUGUACAGAAUUUAUUUACAGAAAAUAAGUUAUCCAUAAUUUAUUUCACUUUCUCUUUUGGUGUUUAUUGUUCUGUUUCUUUUGCUGGUAUUGAAUUCUGUAAUGAGGGGGGGAGUUAAUGACUAUGACAAUCCUGUUACGAUAGAUAGUGUAACGGAUGUGGGAUUUUCUUCCCUAAGAUGUUGUAUACUUUGCCUCUUACAUUUGUAUGGGUGGAUUUCAGCAAAAAUCUACAAAAGAUUAUACACAUUUCCUAUCUUCUAGUUGGGCUAAGUAUGAUACUUUGAUUAAAAAAGAUUGGUUAAGAACAUUUGGCUGUUUGUAUGAAAUUGAAAGAAUAUUUAUUUUUUUAUAAACGUGUCAAAGGAAAAAUCCACUCAACUGUUUUUGGCUUUUUUUUGUCAUUGGUCCACUGUUGAUACCGUCCCAAAAUGUUUUGCAUGUCAGCAGUCAAGUUUUCAAGAUAGGAUUUUCAAGAAGCAAAUUUUCAAGAAGCACUUGCGGCAUCAAGUGACACUUAGGAUUUUAAGAAGCAAUCUUGAAAACUUGACUGCUGACAUGCAAAACAUUUUGGGACUGUAUCAACAGUGGACUAAUUUUAAAAAAGAGUGGAUUUUUUUCUUUAAGUGACAGAAGUUUGCAAUUAAGUCUACUGAUCCAGUUAUUGUUAAAGGGUAUGCUUAUUUUCCCUGUCACUAUAUAUACCCUCAUAUUGGCUUGAAAGACCUCAGGUUGGAUUUUGAAUUGGUCUUUUUUUGGUGAUAAUGCCAAAAAUGUGAGCACCAUGAAUGGCUUGAAAGACCUCUUACAUUUGUAGUGAGAGAUUUCUCCAGUUUGUGUCUUUCUCAGGGACCCAUGCUCUUGACUUAAGAAACGUUUGUUUUGAUAAGCAACAUGAAAUGACACAUCAUCUUGGACACAUUUUCUGAUCAUUGAUCUAUUCACUUUUUUUUUUCUUUUUUUUCUUCUUUUUUUUAAAUGUGUAGUUGAUAUUACAAGUGUCACUAAGAACCCUUUUAGUUGUACCCUUGAGUCCUUUUUUAUAGAAAUGGAAUUAUGUAGCCUGUCUCCAACUUUCAUUCCAAAAUCGUGUUUUCUUUUUCAUGUUAAUUGUUGUCACUUCAAACCGUGAAUGGUGGACAAAGUUACGACUGCUCAGGGCUGUUUGAUGGUGACUGUUUCUAGACUAAGAACUUCAAAUAUUUAGGUUGACCCAAAGGAAGCAAUCUCUUUUGAAUAUAAAAACAUUUAUUUCAUUUGGCACAGAGCAUGCCAAAAGAGGGGACCCCAAGUAAAAUUAAGCCAUCACUAAAUCUUCACUAUUCUCGUGUGCUACCUGGCAAGACAUAUUGCACUAACUUCCAGGUUUAAGCAUGUCAAAUAGCUUUAAGUGCCACCCACCCAGAACCGAGUUCCCAUCUUUGACUGACUUACUCUACACCCUCAUGUUAAUUGUGCUGCGCUCCUGUCUAGCUAUUUAGCCAUUUGCGGUUGCCUAUAUAUGCUGUAGAGAUUCAAUCAGAGAAACUUGACUUCACCUACUCCCAGCCCUUGUAAACAACAAUAACAAAAAGACAAAGCUUCUUAGAAGCAAAGCUCAUGAGUUGCUUUCCAGUUACUCAACUGUUUAACUUUUCAGCAUCCAACAUGUUUGAUCAUGCAUGGCAUUACUGGCCUGCUGGCAGGGUCCUAAUAUCCAGAAGGCUACUAUUAAUUGUACAGUAUUUAUUUGACUGCAUUUUAGAUCAGUUUUCCAUUUGUGUGAAGUAUUGUUGGUCAUGGUAUGUCUUUCUAUUCUGCAGAUUGCUUGUUUCAACGGCUAUAGGUUGUGAUCUUUCAAAACGAAAUAAGCUUAAGUCUUUUGACACUGUAAUCUUUGAACGUUUAUUUCUGUAUCCCAAUGUGGCCUGUAAAUAAAAUAUUUUUAAGCAA